AUGGACCAAAGAGAAAUCCUGCAGAAGUUCCUGGAUGAGGCCCAAAACAAGAAAAUUAACAAAGAGGAGCUUUCCAGUGAAUUUUUGAAGCUGAAAAGGCAAUCUACCAAGUACAAGGCAGACAAAACCUACCCUACAACUGUGGCUGAGAGGCCCAAGAAUAUCAAGAAAAACAGAUAUAAAGAUAUUUUGCCCUAUGAUUAUAGCCGAGUAGCGCUGUCCCUGAUAAGCUCUGAUGAGGAUUCCAGCUACAUCAAUGCCAACUUCAUUAAGGGAGUUUAUGGACCCAAGGCUUAUAUUGCCACCCAGGGUCCUUUAUCUUCAACUCUCCUGGACUUCUGGAGGAUGAUUUGGGAAUACAGUGUCCUGAUCAUUGUUAUGGCAUGCAUGGAGUUUGAAAUGGGAAAGAAAAAAUGUGAGCGCUACUGGGCUGACCCAGGAGAGAUGCAGCUGCAAUUUGGCCCUUUUUCUAUAUCCUGUGAAGCUGAAAAAAGGAAAUCCGAUUAUGUUAUCAGGACUCUAAAAGCCAAGUUCAAUAGUGAAACUCGAACUAUCUACCAGUUUCAUUACAAGAAUUGGCCAGACCAUGAUGUGCCCUCAUCUAUAGACCCUAUUCUUGAGCUCAUCUGGGAUGUGCGUUGUUACCAAGAGGAUGACAGUGUUCCCAUAUGCAUUCACUGCAGUGCCGGCUGCGGAAGGACUGGUGUUAUUUGUGCUAUUGAUUAUACGUGGAUGUUGCUGAAAGAUGGGAUAAUUCCUGAGAACUUCAGUGUUUUUAGUUUGAUCCAGGAAAUGCGAACACAGAGGCCUUCAUUAGUUCAAACUCAGGAACAGUAUGAACUGGUCUACAAUGCUGUAUUAGAACUAUUUAAGAGACAGAUGGAUAUUAUCAGCGAUAAAUACUCUGGAACAGAGAGUCAAGCAAAGCAUUCAGUUUCUGAGCAAAAUCACAUCCUACAAGCAGACUCUUAUUCUCCUAAUUCACCAAAAAGUAUCAUAAAAGAAGCAAAAAUGAUGAACCAACAGAGCAAGCAAAGGACAAAGGUGGAAAACACAGAAGUUUCUUCCUUUGACUUUAGGACUUCUGAAAUAAGUACAAAGGAAGGGUUAAAUUUGCACCCUGCUAAAUUGAGCACUUCUUUUGACUUUUUGGAGCUAAAUUAUGGUUGUAACAAAAAUGUUGACACAAGCAUGAAACGGCAGACAAAGGCAUUUCCCAUAGUUGGGGAACCUCUUCAGAAGCAUCAAAGUUUGGACUUGAGCUCUAUUUUGUCUGGGGCAUGUCCUAAUUCUAAACGUGUAAAUGCAGUAGGAAGAUAUUUUAAUUCAAAGGAGCCAAUAAUACGGACCAAAUCAAUUCCCUCUGAAUUGAUACAGCAGAGAGAAACCAAGGAGUUGGACAUCAAGGAAAAUUGUUCUUAUUUGGAAUCUCAACCACGUGAUUCUUGUCUUGUGAAAUUGCAGGCUCAAAAAGUGAUGCAUGUUUCUUCAGCAGAACUGAAUUAUUCACUGCCAUAUGACUCUAAACACCAAAUGUGUGAUGCCUCUAAUGUAAAGCAGAAUGAGUCUAGUGCUUUUAGCGUAUGUUCUUACAUGGAUUUAGUAGAAGAUCCUUAUUUUUCAUCAUUGCCUCCAAGUAGUGCUGGUUCUAAGAUGUCUCUUGAUUUAGCUGAGAAGCAAGAUGGAGCUGUUUUUCCUUGUUCUUUGUUGGCAACAUCUUCUACAACCCUCUUUUCUCAUUAUAAUUCACAUGACUCUUUAGCACAGAAUCCUCCAUCCAAUUUUCCCUCCCUAUUGAACCAAGGGACAGCUGUAGUGGGUAUCUGUAAUUUUUCCCCACCAAGCAAGCAUGCAGAAUCUGUUCAGUCGAAUAACUCCAGCUCCUUUCUUAAUUUUGGUUUUGCGAAUCGUUUUUCAAAACCCAAAGGACCAAGAAAUCCACCACCAACUUGGAAUAUUUAA